UGCACAUACCAGUAUAGUGAUCAAGGACUCAAGGUGAUGCAAAAUUACGAAAUGAGAGGAACUAGAAAAUUACCAAUCAAUCUUGCAAACGCCCAAAUGCUAGAAAGGCCGGGUCUUUAACCAAGCAAAUUUAAAGAGGGUUUUAGACAUCUGGAUUCUGAACAGGACUUGUCACGUUUACCUUCUCCUUUUCCUCUGCAGUCGCAGCUGGAUCCAAAGGCCAUACGGAGUUAAACCAGCAAUGGCUGCCUUUGUCACUCCCCCCGCCGCCACAGCUCCUCCGGCAGAUUCAAAGCCGGCGGUACCGGAGAAAGUCGACUAUAUGAAUCUGCCUUGUCCCAUUCCGUAUGAGGAAAUCCACCGCGAGGCUUUUAUGUCUCUGAAGCCAGAACUUUUCGAAGGCAUGCGCUUUGACUUUACAAAAGCACUCAAUCAAAGUUUUUCACUCAGUCAUAGUGUGUUCAUGGGACCCACAGAAGUUCCCUCUCAAUCCACAGAAACGAUAAAAAUUCCAACUGCUCAUUAUGAGUUUGGUGCAAACUUCAUGGAUCCUAAGUUGUUUCUAAUUGGGAGGGUGAUGACAGAUGGGCGGCUUAAUGCUAGAGUGAAGUGUGAUUUGUCUGACGCUCUUUCUUUGAAGGCCAAUGCUCAAAUAUCAGAUGAGCCACAUAUGUCACAGGGCAUGGUCAAUUUUGACUAUAAGGGAAAGGAUUAUAGGAUGCAACUUCAGAUGGGGAAUGGUGGAUUGCUUGGAGCCAGUUACAUCCAGAGCGUGACUCCUCAUUUAUCUUUGGGUGGUGAAGUAUUCUGGGCUGGACAACAUCGCAAAUCAGGCAUAGGUUAUGCUGCUCGGUACAACACUGAUAAGAUGGUUGCCUCAGGACAAGUCGCUAGCACUGGACUUGUUGCAUUAAAUUAUGUUCAAAAAGUUUCUGAGAAAGUUUCUCUAGCAUCAGACUUGAUGUACAACUACAUUGCUGGAGAUGUCACAGCAAGUGUUGGUUAUGAUUAUAUCCUUCGGCAGUGUCGUCUAAGGGGGAAGAUAGACUCCAGCGGCUGUGUUUCUGCUUUCUUGGAAGAGCGAUUGAACAUGGGGCUUAAUUUCAUCCUCUCUGCCGCGAUUGACCAUAAAAAGAAAGAUUACAAGUUUGGUUAUGGACUCACCAUAGGAGAAUAGUGUGAGGCUUCUUAGAUGUUCGGAAGGGCGGGCUUGGAGUGAAAUGACGGUGAGCAUCUUCCAGUUGACGAUUCUUUUCUCCAUUUCCAUUAUAAUCAAAGCGAGAAGUUUUGUAUUUUAUUUCCUUUUAAUGUAUUGAGCAAUAUAUGUCUAGGGUCAAUUCCCUGCUCCAAGUGACUGCUUAUUUUGCAUUUUUGGAGAUAUUAUUAGAAGUCAGUUUAUAACUGUAGAACCUUCAUUUAAAAAAAGGUGUAGAACCUUUUGUUAAUAAGAAGAUUGUGUAUUCUCGCUUUUGUUUCUAAUUUUGUAUCACCGUGAACUCGUGAAGUAUGAGUUAAAGCUAAUUGCUUUAGAUGGUGAAGCUGAAGAAGAAGAGAUGUGUUUAACUGCUUAAGAGGG